UUAAAGGAAUCCAAACGGGCAGUGAACAGCCUUCGGGAUAUUGUUGAUGAUGAUGAUGACGACCUUGAGAGGGUCAGCUGGAGCGGAGAACCUGUGGGAAGUAUCUCCUGGUCGAUCAAAGAGACAGCCUCUAGCAACACCAGCUCGUUGGAGGGCCGAGACUCCAGCCUGCAAAAGGGCUCUUCCUCCUAUGCUGCUCUUCCCAAACAAGUUUCCUCCUACUCCCUAAGCAGCCUAUUCAAAGGACGAAACAAACUUCCAAGUUUCCAGUCCCUUUCAGAUGCCAUUUCUGACGUGGGAAUUAAAAACUACGCCCCAGAGCUGCGCAGACCGAAAGCCGAGUACAAGGAUUACAGCAGUGACUGGAGCCCCAAAGAUACAGUCAUGCGAAUGCAGAGGGGCAAGGUCUGCUCCCUGGAGAGAUUCCGCUCCCUGCAGGACAAGCUGGUGCUCUUGGAUGAAGCUGUGGCAGGACAUGAUGGGAAUGUCAUUACAGCUGUCCUGAUAUUCCUGAAACGGACACUGAGGAGAGAGAUCUUGUUUCGGGAGCUGGAGGUGCGGCAGGUGGCCUUGUGUCAUCUGAUCCAUUUCCUCAAAGAGACGGGUGAGCAGAAGUUUCUUCUGGAUCUGCUCAGGUUCCUAGACAGGACUGAGGAAGUUGCUCUGUCCCAGUACCGGGAGCAUUUGAACAUCCAGGAUGUAGAAAAAAGGAGGGAAUUUCUGAAAGGCUGCAUUGGGCUGCCAUUUUCAGCUGAGGAUACCUCCCACAUCCAAGACCAUUAUACCCUGUUGGAGCGACAGAUCAUCAUUGAGGCCAAUGAUCGGCACUUGGAGACAGCUGGACAGUCAGAGAUAUUUCGGAAAUAUCCUCGCAAGGCUUCAAUUCUCAACAUGCCACUAGUGACCACCCUUUUCUAUUCCUGUUUCUACCACUACACAGAGGCUGAGGGAACAUUCAGCAGCCCAGCCAACCUGAAGAAAACAUUUAAGAUUCCUGAUAAGCAGUAUGUGUUGACUGCCCUGGCUGCCCGUGCCAAGCUCCGAGCCUGGGAUGAUGUGGAUGCCCUCUUCACCACCAAGAACUGGCUGGGCUACACCAAGAAGAAGGCACCUAUUGGUUUCCACCGGGUGGUGGAGAUCUUGCAGAGGAACAACGCUCCUGUGCAGGUGCUGCAGGAGUAUGUGCGCCUGGUGGAGGAUGUGGAGACACGGUUGAACCUUGCCACCAAAUACAAGUGCCAUGAUGUUGUCAUUGAGACCUACAGGGAUCUAAAGGAUCGCAUCCAACUGACAGCGUAUAAAUGCAAGGUGGAGCGAGGCUCUGCAGAAGAAGAGAAGAUAAACAGCAUUCUCAGCAACAUGCAAAUCCGAUGGAAGAACUGAGCUCCUGUAAAGCAGCCUGCUUGGCCUUUGCCUUACCAGUGAAAGAGGAAACUGCAAAACCCAGUCCAGUGCUGACAGAGCAACUCUGUUACUACACAUUGCAUGAUCAACGUUCAUCAGUGACAGUGGGUGCCCAUGGCUUGUGGGACAGUGGCGUUCAGGCUGGUUGAAGGCAGCUGCUCCAAUGUAGCCAGCAGAACCAUGGUAC